GUAUUUGAAUAAAUAUCACAUUUCAUUCAAAUAUAUAUACAUGAAUAUUCAAUACAAAUUUGAUAUGCUAUUGAAUUGAAAUGAUGUAAAGAUUCAACACAAAUUUGGCACGAGCUUUGUCAUUGUACUUUCAAAACAAAACCCAACGUUAUCCCAUUUCUAGGAAAACCACGUUCGUUCAUUCCAAUGAUCUAUAUUAGUUUGUUUUUCUCUCAUUAAUUUAUAUAAGUACUACAAACAAUAAGCAAGUCCCUAAUAGACUAUCAAACUAAAGAGAAAAUCUUAAACAAGGUUCCAUUAAUGGCUUCUUCUUCUUCUUCUUCUAAACAACACUCAGUUAUAGUAUUAAUGGUACCAUUCCUAGCUCAAAGCCACCUAAACCAACUCCUUCAACUUUCCCAUGUCGUUUCAUCCUCAUACGACAUCCCAGUCCACUACAUCAGCUCAUCACUUCACAAUUCCCAGGUCAAAUCUCGAUCUCCAACUCCAAACUUAGCCACCAGAAUCCAUUUUCAUGAUUUCCCAACUCCACACUUUCUCUCUCCUCAACCCACCAAGACUCCUAACAAUUUCCCAAACCAUCUCAUACCAUCUUUCCAAGCUUCAAUUCAGCUUCGAAAACCCUUCUCAGAACUCCUCACAAAGCUCAAAACGACAGCCGAAAGAGUUGUCGUUAUUCAUGAUCUUAUGAUGAGCUAUGUCGUUCAAGAUUCAAUUUUUAUAGCACCCAAUUCGGAGGUUUAUGUUUUUCAUUGUGUUUCUGCUAUUUCUAGAGUUGCUUUUAUCAGAGACGCCAUUGGAGAAAGCAGCUUUGAGCCCAAGAUUCCCUCUCCAGAUGGGACUUUAGAUCCAAGCUUUGAGGCUUUUAUAGAAAAGCAAGUUCCUUUUAUGAAAGCAAACAAAUCUGGUCAUCUUUACAACUCUUGUAGAGUUGUUGAAAGUGAUUUUCUCGAUUUCAUUUCCGAGAAAGAGGUGGGAAAUUAUGAUGAUGAUGAUGAUAUGAAGAUUUGGGCAAUUGGGCCUUUAGAUACUGUAACAGUGUUCUUCAAUAUCAAUGGUGAUUCAUCAUUAGAGAAAGUUUAUUACUUGGAUUGGCUUGAUAAACAGAGACCCAACUCUGUUUUGUACAUCUCUUUUGGGACUACAACUUUCUUGGAAACCAAACAGAUUGAAGAAAUAGCAAUUGGGUUAGAGAAAAGUGGAGUGAAUUUCAUCUGGGUUUUAAGAGAUGCAGAUAAAGGUGAUAUUUUUAAUGAAGAAGAGGGAAUUAGAGGAAGAAGAAGUGAUCAACUUCCAAAAGGGUUUGAAGAAAGGGUUAAAGGAAUGGGAAUGGUGGUGAGGGAAUGGGUGUCCCAAUUGGAGAUUUUGGGGCACCCAUCAACAGGUGGGUUUAUGAGCCAUUGUGGGUGGAAUUCUUGCUUUGAGAGUAUGAGUCUUGGAGUGCCCUUAUUAGCUUGGCCUAUGCAUUCAGAUCAGCCCAUGAAUGCUGCUUUGGUUACUGAGUUUGUAAAAGUUGGUUUGGGUGUUGGGGAAUUGGGUGGGAAUAGAGAUGGGUUGGUGAGUUGUUGUGUGAUUGAGAAUGUUGUGAAGAGAUUGAUGUGUUCUGAUGAAGGUGAUGAGAUUAGGAAAAGAGCUGAGAAAUUGGGUGUUGAGUUGAGAAAGGCUACUGCUGAAGGUGGUGUUUCUAGGAUGGAAUUGGAUUCUUUCAUUUCUCAUAUCACUAGAUAGUUUUGGCUUCAAUUGAAAUGUAGAAUUUGCAAUCAUUACCUUAUGUUAUUAUUUUUUAACAUUUCUGGUCAUGAGCAUUGAAAUCAUAAAUAUACCAACUUCUUAAUAUUAUAAUUAUUUUACUGGUUUUG